CAUGUGCGUCAUUUUAUUGCAUUAAAUACGGCAUGUAUUGUCGAUCUAAACAUUCGCGUGAGAUAUAAGUUCUAAAAUGUAUCAGUAGAAAGUGUAUACCAAACUUCGUUGUUCCGGGAUGCACAAUUGUUUAAUAGAAAAUGCAUUGGAGCAUUAAACAUUGUGUACUACAAACAUGUUUUAUAACCGGCGAGGUAAUUCCGCGUGACGUGCUCGUCUAAAUAUUAAAGCGCACUGUGCAAUCGCGUUACGUGCUAAACUCAAUAAAAGAACCGGAAUCAAUAUGGCGGAAUAUGGACCAUCCAACGCGGAAGCAAUGGACAACAUUGACCUGGACUUGUCUAAACAACUCUCCACAAAGCUUGAGGAUGAAGGAAUUACAGAUGAAAUGGUGAUGGCAAGGCGCAUUACAUUCCUGAUGAUAGAAACUGGUUUAACAAUGAUUGGUAAACUAAGCAAUAUAUCAAUCGAGCAUUUCUGUUUUGGCAGCCAGUCGGAAGGAGCGUUAACGAUUAACGGUUCUGACGUAGACAUAUUACGGCGUAUACCUUCUAUUAAUAUAAUGCGAUAUUGAAACUUUGUCUUCAAACGCUUAAAAAUUUUCUUAAAGAUGGCGUAUGUCCUCAUUAUAUCAUUGACCGUGUUAAUCUGUUUGACGAUAAACUAAAUAGUAAACAACGUCGCAUAGUACAUAACAAGGUGACGGUACUCAUAGAUAACAACCUGCAGGGGUUUGUGUGGAACCUUGGCAACGCAACACGAAUGUCCACUGACCAGCGUUUCAUUUCUCAUGUAUGUAUUCGCAGUAAACUCGCAUUUGAAAGGAUACAGUGGUUCCAUAUUCUUAUGCUUGAUUUGCAUGGCUUCAUCAGUAAACCAAUCGAUGUUGUUGGGCAUCAGCUUAACACACUGAUGAACAAAUGUAAAGAAAUAAUAAACUUUCACAACGCGAAUGCAUUUGAAAUACAAGCAGCUAGGGAAAUAUUGACAACUGUUAUGUCUUUUCGAGGCUCUAUUCAAGCGGCUUCAGCGAUUCAAAGCGGUGGCUCGAUUAACCAAGAUGUCAUGGACAGUUUCAAGGAAUCGGUAAAAGUCGGUGAUGUCGCAAAUCAAAUUAAUGUUUUAUCAGAAAUGCUUAGCUAUGGCAAUCUUGCUUCGGAAAUAAAGGAUUCUUCAAUUAACACACAUGCCAGUGAAACCUUUAAAAAGGCACUCGAGACAAAUGGAUUCUCAAGUCGACUGAAAUUAGCAUCAGUCAUGUAUUGCUCUGGAAACUUGCAGUCGGCAAAAUUUAUUCUUGAAUAUGCAGAACGUCAAUUUUACCGGUACACUAUGAAGACCUUAUGUCGGUGUUUCAGUUAUUAUAAUCGUUACAUAGACCACCGAAAAAUGUUUGAAAAUAAACCAAAUCCUAACACUGAAAGCAAAAUUGCAUUAUGCAUAAUUUUUCUGUCUAAUGAGGCUCCGUGCGUUCCCCCUAUGCUUUUGUAUGAAAUGACCAAAACAAGAUUUUCACCUGAUUACCAAGAGAAAAUGAGUAUAAAAUUAGAAUUGCAUGGUGAGGCUAGAGUGGAUUAUCGCGUGUUCAUGUAUUACCUGCAAUACCUCACGUACGGAGGUCUUGGCAUGCGCGAAAAACAGAGCGGUGUCUUGACAAAAUUCGAAGACUACAUUUCAACGCAUAUUGAUGAUCGCAUCUUGGAUCUCAAUAUGGAUCAUGGUCGUAACCGCGAGGUGUCCCACAUGGCGACUGCAUUAAAUCUGCUCGGCCACUGCUGGGAGAUGGAAGGGGAUCUGAGCAAAGCAGAGAGAAAAUAUGAGCUAUCCCGAGAUAGCAAGCCAAACAACAAUCCGGCUAACUGGCACAUUGGGAGACUUUCACUAGAUCAAUAUAUAUAGUUGCAACCGGCUGUUAUUUAUAUGCAAACCGGCUGUUAUUUAUAUGCAAUGGCACUCGGCUUACGAACUGAUGAAAACGUUGAUUAGGACUGACUUGAAACAUAAUGUCAAAUAUAAAUAACAUUCACUCAUAAUAUAAAUAACAUUCACUUAUAUUUGUAAACUAUUUAGUAUAUUUGGAUUUAUUACAUAUCGGAACAAUCGAACUUUAAGCGCAUUUUUUAUGAUUUACUGGUAUUAGAAAGCGCUUAAUACAUCGCUGGUGCUUACAUUAUUUGUACAUAUUCAUUCUCAUUUUCAAAACUAGCAUUAUUGUUAUAACAGCUAUUAUAGACAGCAUUGGACAAUAAAUUUAACUUCACAACA